GACAGGCGGGAAGUGCACGCGGUUCCAGUCUAACGACAGCUGCCGCGGGAGGCGGGGAGCGGGACCGGACCCCGGGGGUGGGGGAGAGAAGAGGCACCGCGAUCAACUUCUGGAUAAAGUUAUGGGAAGCGCGGCCAUGGACACCAAGAAGAAGAAAGAGGUUUCCAGCCCCGGCGGGAGCGACGGCAGGAAGAACCCCGGCCUGAAGAGGAGGUCGCUGCGAGUGCACAUCCCGGACCUGAGCUCCUUUGCCAUGCCGCUCCUGGAUGGAGACCUGGAGAGUUCGGAAAAGCAUUCCUCUCGAAAGAUGGACAACAGCCCCUUCGGCUCAGGCAGCCCUUCCCGAGGGCUCUUCUCCAAGGCCUCCCAGCCCCGGCCCUCCAGCCCCGUGUCUGCUCCCACGAGGCCCAAGACCAGCCCUGGCUCCCCCAAAACCGUCUUCCCGUUCUCCUACCAGGAGUCCCCUCCGCGCUCGCCACGCCGCAUGAGUUUCAGCGGGAUUUUCCGCUCCUCGUCCAAAGAGUCCUCGCCCAACUCCAACCCGUCUACCUCGCCCGGGGGCAUCAGGUUUUUCUCCCGAUCCAGAAAAACCUCCAGUGUCUCCUCUUCUCCAUCGACACCCACCCAAGUGACCAAGCAGCACCCGUUUCCUCUCGAGUGCUACAAGCAGGAGCCUGAGCGCCUGGAAAACCGCAUCUAUGCCUCCUCCCCUCCGGACACCGGCCAGCGCUUCUGUCUGGCCUUUCAGAGUCCAACCCGACCCCUGCUGGCGUCCCCCACGCACCAUGCUCUCCCGAGAACCGCGGCGCUGGCGGCGGCCCCGGGACCCGCGGAAGCCGGCAUGCUGGAGAAGCUGGAGUUCGAGGAGGAAGCAGAAGAUUCAGAAAGUGGCGUCUACAUGCGGUUCAUGAGGUCACACAAGUGUUAUGACAUUGUUCCAACCAGCUCAAAGCUUGUUGUCUUUGACACUACGUUACAAGUCAAAAAGGCCUUCUUUGCCUUGGUAGCCAACGGUGUCCGCGCAGCGCCACUGUGGGAGAGUAAGAAGCAGAGCUUUGUAGGAAUGCUCACAAUUACAGAUUUCAUAAACAUACUGCAUAGAUACUAUAAAUCACCUAUGGUACAGAUUUAUGAAUUAGAAGAACAUAAGAUUGAAACGUGGAGGGAGCUAUAUUUACAAGAAACAUUUAAACCUUUAGUGAAUAUAUCUCCAGAUGCAAGCCUCUUCGAUGCUGUGUACUCGUUGAUCAAAAAUAAAAUCCACAGAUUGCCAGUUAUUGACCCUACCAGUGGGAACGCACUUUAUAUCCUAACCCACAAGAGAGUCCUCAAGUUCCUCCAGCUUUUUAUGUCUGAUAUGCCAAAGCCUGCCUUCAUGAAGCAGAACCUGGACGAGCUUGGGAUAGGCACGUACCACAACAUCGCCUUCAUUCACCCAGACACUCCCAUCAUCAAAGCCUUGAACAUCUUUGUGGAGAGACGGAUCUCAGCGCUGCCGGUGGUGGAUGAGUCAGGAAAAGUUGUAGAUAUUUAUUCCAAGUUUGAUGUAAUUAAUCUUGCUGCUGAAAAAACAUACAAUAACCUAGACAUCACAGUGACCCAGGCCCUGCAGCACAGAUCACAGUAUUUCGAAGGUGUUGUGAAAUGCAGUAAGCUGGAGACACUGGAGACCAUCGUGGACAGAAUAGUAAGAGCCGAGGUCCAUCGGCUGGUGGUCGUGAGCGAGGAGGACAGGAUCGUGGGAAUUAUCUCCCUGUCGGACCUUCUACAAGCCCUCAUCCUCACGCCAGUAGGUGCCAAACAGCAGGAGGUGGAGAGUGAAUGACCACCGCAGGUGCGCGCCCUCUCAGGAGGACUCAAACAAGGCUCCGGGGUCACGUUUUGCCUCAUGAACACUGGCUGCAGUAGAAGAGAAUGAAAUGGCUACAAACGUACAUCAGGGUCUAGUGAUGGGUAUUUCUUCCAGUAAAAGUUUAUGUGCUUGAAGAUUCAGGCUUGCAUUAAAAGGCUGUUUUCAGACCUUUGAAGGAUUUUCAAUGCUAUAUGUCAUUAAAGUGCACUGUGUCCUGAAAUUUUUUAUAAUUUUAAUUUCAAAAAAUUCGCUGGUCCAGAACAGGUGAUGUGGCAUAAGGUGAGUGUAGGGCGUGUUCAGAUCACAGUGCCUUAUGUCCCAGAACAGCAAUACUCCAUCGCUGCUGCCUGCCGCCCUAGCGCCUGAGGUGACACCGAGCUUGAAUGUGGAAGUCCUCAAACCUUUUACCAAAUCGGCUUAUUUUCAUUAGACGUGGUGAAGAGUUGUGAUUUGAAUAUAAAUGAUUCCUUUAACUUCAGGUGAUACUCAGUGUUCCGUUCUGAGCUACCAUGUACAAGAGGCUGGCUUACAACAGCUUUUAUUUAUUUUUACUUUCAUGCAAUUUUUUUACACAUCCUUUGGUGGGUAAACCUCACCACCUCCAUUAAUUAAUAAAACUCUUGAUCUUCA